AUGUUCGGGUCUCUGCGCAAGAUGUCCUCGGCCGCCUCCGCCUCUGGCGCCGGCGGCGCUGGCGGGCCCUCUCGCGCGGCGGGCGGCCCCGGCAAGCGAGGGCGCCUCGCGUCGUUUUCCGACGCCGCUCCUGCGCAGAAGAAGUCGUCUUCGGAGGUGCUGCUCCCGGCCGAGGCGCCGAUUGUGUUCGACGUUCAUCCCUACGGCUCGAGCGCGGAGAACCACAUCACAGGGUGGCCCGCCGGCUUGCCCUGCUGGCAGGUGCAGGUCGUGCACUCCGCGUACCCGUCCAUGACGGCGUUCUUCCUCCAGGCGUUCGACGCCUUCCUCAAGGACGCGGCGCACGAGGAGGGCUCGCCGAAGUCGCUUAAGGAAUUCCAGGAGAUGUGCUUCUUCCGCGCUCAGAUUACGCGCGUGGACGCCGACGCGGCGAACGUGCCCCUUGUCCCGUGGCGCUUGGCGAUCUACAUUGCGGGCCGCUCGGAGGCGUUGACGGACAUGCUCAAGCUUCUCAUGGCGUACGCGAACCACCGCGCACAGAACCCGCACAUGCGCGACAGGAAGCCUUUCCCCGACCCAGCCGUCCAGAAGUUCGAGAUGUACCUCGGUGCCGGUUGCCCGAGCGCGGCCGCGACUAUCUCGAACGCGGACAACGUGCAGAUGUUCCGCGACCGCAACUUGCACAAGUGGUCCGAGGCGGCGGGGCCGGUUGGGAACAAGUAUCUCUUCAUGGACCUGGAGGUGGAGGUGACCGGAGCGCUCGCGCUCGGUUGGCGCGGGCGCACGUGGCCUCUCCGCAACGCAUUCGACGCCGCAGAGAUCCCGCUGAUGUCCGACGGGGCGGGCGGCUUCGUGCGCGUCCUGAAAGGCGACCGGGCGGCGAUCGCCAACCAGGCGGAUCGCCAGAAGAUCAUCGAUCUCGUGACGAGCGGCCUCAACAAUUUCCCUACGAUCCUGCUGGCCGAGAGCAUCCCCGAAGUGGGCGAGAAAGCUUCUGAUGAAGACGUAUACGCCGCUGCCAGGGACUUCCUCGCGAUGCUCCGCGCAGUGCCACACGUGCUCGUGAAGGAGAUCGCCAGGCAGGAGAACGUCGAGGAGACCGCCGGGCAGCAGGGGGAGCUGGGCAAGGAGAGCGAUAAGGAGAAGGACGACCUCGAGGCACAGCGCCGGCAUUCGGCGCGCGCCGAGCCCGGCAGCGCCUUCCUCUUGCCGGCAGCACUUUGCGAGGCAGCGCUGGCGAAAUUCUCCAACCAGUGCACGUGGUGCAGCGCGGACGGCAUGCAGGCCCAGUGCGCGGCGGGGGAGCGUCAGCGCAAGCUCUUAGGGUCUGCAGUAGACGCUGGCUCCAACGAUCGCCAGUGUUUCCGAUUUGCUCCGGCCGACCCGGACAUCUUCGACUUGGCAUCGCGCAGGAGACCUGUCGACCACCAGAAGGAGAUCGUUGAGGGUUACUUCGAAGAGGCGCUCGCCCGCGGAAGGGCCCGCGCCGAUUUCGGCGCAGACGAGGUCGCAGACGAUUCUUGGGAGAUCCACAAGGGCGACGUGCGCAACAGAUAUCACUCCGAGCGCGGCAGUCUGGCCAUUCAUCUGGUGGAAAAGGUGGAGGGCGCGAAGUGCACUGAAGAUGAGUUCGCAGAAUUUUAUCAGCUCUACGACGCACAGACGGACGACGGGGAGCCGAUGCUAGACAGGGGAGGCAUCAUGCGCUGCAUAGGCAAGGAUAAGACGCGCUACGGUGAGUUCGCAGCCAAGGUCCGGGACAUGGGCGCGGCCACGCGAGCCCGAGGGCGGCGGCCGCAAAAGCUCAAGGUCGCGAUGCAAGAGUUCCUCGAGAAGCAGAAGGAUGAGCCGCAGAGCGCCACUCAGGACGAUGCUCGGCGCGCCGAGUUUGCCGCGCGCGCAGAGCCGCACACAGGGCGGUUGACCUUCAAGCCAGGCGCCGACGGGGCGGUCGAGUGCGUGCUCACGGAGGAGCAGAAGGCGCUGGUGCGGGAGAUGCUGAGUGAGAGAGCUUCGACGAUGGAGUACUUGUUCAGCCGGGGAAACGUUUGCGCGUGCUUCGGGAUUCAAAUUCGCAAGUACCGGGCGCUGCUCGCGGCGGCCGGGGCCGACCCGCGCCAGGACCUGCAAAAAACUAGUGGCCUCGUCCUUGAGGAAGAGGCGGCGGACCGUUCGGGCGACCCGAGCGUCCAGUACGAGAAGAGUUGGCUGCGGUGGGCAAAGGAGCUCUCGCUGGAUAGCCCCAGCGUCGUGUGCUUCGCCUGCGGCGUCAAGGUCUCCAAGCACCACUGCAAGAGCGAGUGCCCGUCAGAUCUCAUCGCACAGACCUUGCGCGAGGACGCCUCCGAGAUUACCCCGCACAUCUGCGAUUACUGCGUGCGGGCGGAGGAUCGCGGGGCGCGCGUCUCGCGGGAUGCCAUCGACACGGGGAACACGCCGGAGCCGCUUCGAGGACUCACUCGCCACGAGGAGCGAUUGCUCCAGCUGGUGGAGACGAACGUGGUCAUGGUGCACGCGCCCAAGGGCGGCACGGCGACGGCGAAGGGCGGGACCUUCGUUGCGCCGCUGGAAGCGCCGCGCGCCUGCGAGGUGCUCGGCGGCGCCAGCAUGGAGAUCACCGACGGCGUGCUCUGGCUCCGGCCGCGGGGCGUCCCGCCCGGCUGGGCAGUCCCCGUGCGCGCUCAGAAGCUCCUCGACGCGCUGAAGUGGCUCGCGAAGAAUAACGCAUACUAUCGCGACUUCUCCGUGCUGGGCCAGGCAACGGCAGCCAUCAAGGCCCUCGAGACGAAGCUCGCUGAGAAGCUUGCUGACGAUCGCCAAGCGAUCGACCCGGAGGCCGAGGCGGCGGCGCAGGGCGCUUUCGAAGGAGACGCAACGUACUUCACCGCGGGCGGGCCCGCCCCGGUCGGCGCCGUUGUGGGAGACCUCCAGAAGAACCGGGAGUCGGCGGAGAUUCGCCCGUUGACGGAGGCGCUGGCGUUCCCGACGCUGUUCCCGGGGGGCGAGGGCUCCUGCCCCGAAGAGCUCCGCUUCAGCAGCUACGCGUGGCGCCGCCUGCUGGACUGCAAGACCAAGUUCCAGGAUAAUCCGGAUUACACCUUCUACCAGCUCGAGACGUGGUUCCGGAAGCGCUUGAGCAGCGCGACGUCCGUGUUCGUGGGGAAGCGCGAGGUGCCCGGUCGGGAAGCGGCGGAGCGCAGAGCAUACGCCGUGCAAGGUAAAGUGCCCGGCACGACAGCGUUUCUGGGCCAGAAGCGCACCCACUGCGCCCAGAUGAUGCGCCAGCUCGGGCGCCCUGAUUUCUUCCUCACGCUCACGAGCCACGAGCGCCAGCCGCACAUGCUCGCAGCGUGCGUAAAGGCGCAGCUCUACAACGACAGCCCCGGCCUGCCGCUUGAUCGCGUGGAGAAGACUGUCGCCGCGCAGGUGCUGGCGUACACCAACGACCAAGAGCACAAGUGGGAUGGCAGCCCGCAGUGUGACGAGACGAUCAAGGGCACGAAUGCCGCGGCCGCGGCGUGCGAGAGCGGCUCGGAGACCAGGCGAACUGGGAUGACAGCUCUUCAACUGUGUCAGAAGUUCCCUGCUGACGUCGAGCGCGAGUGGAACCGGCAGCUGGAAAGAUUUCUCAGCUGGAUCACCGAGGCGCGGAAGACAAAGGGAGAGAGCUGCCCGCCGUUUCCGAAGCCGACUCUGCUUCGCGGCACGGAGGCGGCGGACGGUGACGAAGCGCCCACGGGCGCCAAGGAUGUCGGAUACAUGGAUCUGCUCCAGGGCGACGUCAAGUGGGAUUGCUGGGACGGCAACCUGGACGAAGCGCCCCCCUUCGUUGCGCAAGACUUCGUGAGCCGCGUGGAAUGGCAGAAGCGGGGCUUCCCCCAUGCGCACAUGCUGCUGUGGGUGGGCGACUGGGGGGCCGAGCGCGACGCUCGGCUCGCCGCGGAAGAGGUCGCGCAGCCGCACCCGGACGCGGCCCCGCCCGUGGCCGGUGACUCCAUCUGGCGCGUGAGCAAAGAGCAGUUGGAUCAGCUCCUCUCCGGGAAGGCCAGCGCGGUCGUGAGGCCGCGCGGGCUGAAGGACGGAGGGCGCAAGUGGUUGGCGUGCACUGCGGACGCGGGCGCCCAGAUCGUCGCGGUGGCGCACGUGGCAGGCGCGCAGCAGGUCAUGUCGCAGGACGAGUGGCGCCAGAAGAGUAAGGAGCACGGGAUGAGCCGGCGGACGUGCCUCUACAGGAAGACGUUCCUCGUGCACGUGCGCAUGGUGCAGCAGUUGGCAGAGGCGGUGCCGUACGCCGACCCUGGUGCGCGCGCCUGCGGUGAUCAUGUAUUUCGCCCCACGGACGCAGGGCCGCCGACGGACAGGGUUCUCCUGUUGCCCCCGCCGCGCCGAUACCUUCCCGACUGCGUGAAGGUCAACUGUAUCUGGGACAUCGACGCGGCGCACAUGGACGUCUUGGCGUCUGGCUCCUCCACCGUCGUCGCGCGCCCCGUCGGCGUCGUCGGCGAGGAGCGGAAGUGGCUGGCGCGCGCCGUAGAUUCUGGCGCCCAGAUCGCGGGCUGGACAUCCGCAUCGGUGAACCGAGAGGUGCCGUCCGAGGAGGAGUGGGUCGCCGCCCGAGAGACCUACGGCCUCGUCGAGGACGCCCUCCCCUUCGCGCCGACGCUCCUCGUGGAGCUGCGAGCGCUGCAGCUGUUCGCCAAGCCCGUCGACUACGCGCCACCGCGCGCGGGCUCUGGAGUCGGCGGAGCCCCGCCGCCGCCGCAGCCGCACACGGAACCUCGCGGCGGUGGCGAAGAGGCAGAGCGCGGCGGCGAAGAGGCAGAGGGCGAGCCGCCUGCAGCCCCAAAGCGCCCCGCGGCAGAUUGGCUUGACGGGGCGGCCUCGGAGACGGACGACGAGCUCCUGGGCCCGUCGAGGGUGGACAACGUCGCCAGUAUCUACGACGUCUAUACGCGGACGACGGGGCCGAAGAGGUGGCGUGGAGUCUAUCGUGACGGGGUGAUGACGCUGCUCACGAAGUCGCUGAUGCACAAGCACGGACCAUACUGCGGGAAGUACUCGCUCGGACGCUGCCGCUUCGGGUUCCCGCAGCAGCCGGUGGAGAAGAGCCGAAAGAAGAGUCAGCGAGAGCUCUGGAACAACGGCUCCAAGAACAAGUACUUCGUGCGGCGCCGCAGCGGCGACACGAUGAUGGGCCUGUACAACCCCCGGAUAUUGCGCCGGUGGCGCGGUUCCAUGGACCUCCAGGUCGUCGAGAACUUGCACGCGGUGGCUCGGUACAUUCUGGGCUAUUGCUUGAAGAACGACACCGCGAAGGACGCCGUGGGCAAGCUCAACCAGGAGAUCGCGAGGGUGCCGGCGACCGGGCCUGUGACGAGCAAGCAAUUGUACCGCCUCGCUUACAUCGGCACUCAGGGCCGCGUGACCUCCACGUUCGAAGCGUGCCACCACCUCCUCGGACUUCCAGUGGUGCGCAUCUCGCGGGAGUUCCAGUGGGUCCAUGCCGGCAUGCCCGAGUCUUACUCGGCCUACGUGCCGCGGCACCUCUGGCGCCAGGCUAUCGCGAACCCGGAGAACGCGCCCGAGCCCACGGCGCCCGCAGUGAUCCGCCGUUAUGCGGAGUGGCGCGCGGGGAAGGUUGCCGUCUUCGACGACACUGGGGAGCAGGUUCCGCUUCUCGUGGAAGGCAGGGCCGCCGAGAACUACGAGUGGGUGAGCCCUCGCGAAGUGACGCUGUUCGACUUCGUGGCGUCCUACUCGACGUCGUACAAUUCCGACCCCAAGCUGAGAGCGCAGCCAGCAAUCGUGUCCACGAAGGCUUUCGACCCCCAGCGCGAGACGGAGGCGUAUUAUUACUCCAAGCUUCUCCUGCACUACCCGUGGGCCGAUUUCGACGAGGACGACGGGCCGGAGUGGCUGGAGCCCUCGGACGACGGCAGUCACCAGAGUGCUUUCGUCCGCUUGUCGAAGGCCAGCAAUGCAGGAGAGCACGGCGACGAAGCGGAGGCGCCGCCAGCGGACGCCCCAGCGCGCGAGGAAGAGGCGGAGCUCCCUGCGCCCGACUUUUUCCUGAAGUCCACGGUUUUCCCGAAGCUGAACAUCGCGGAGGCCGCGUGGCGGGAGCUGAAGCGGCUCAAUUGCGCCCUCGUCAUGCGGUCCGCCAUGCAGACGCCAGGGGCUGCGGAGGACUGGGAGAACCACCGGGAACUGUUGCGCCGCCUCCGCCUUGCCGCUGGCCGCCCCGACGAGGAGGCCGACGACCCGGACCGAGACGAAGAUCUGGAGGAGCUGGCGGGCGCCGCGCCGCACGCCAUUAGCACCUUCGGACCAGUGGCCGGCGGCGACGAGGCCGUGCAGUUGCUCUUCGGCCCCGACGCGCAGAAGUCCAAGCAGCAAGACAUCGUCUACUGGUUUCUGGAGCAGGUGCGCCAGGGCAAUCGCGCUCCCGCGCGCGUCCUUCUCCACGGUCCCGGCGGAUGCGGGAAGUCCGUGGUCAUCUGCGCCGUCGCGCGCCUCUUGCGGACGGAGGGGCACGGCGUCGCGCUCGCGGCGCCGACGGGGUGCGCUGCCUUCCUGAUCAACGGCUGCACCCUGCACUCCUGCCUCCACUUGCCAGUUGAGAACAGGUCCUUCGGCCACGCCUCGGACGCGCCGCCCCCUUCCGGCCCCGCGCUGGAGCACCUCAUCGAGUUCUGGAAGCCUGUCCGCGUGCUGGUGAUCGACGAGAUCUCCAUGGUCUCCUCGGAGAUGCUCGCUCGGAUCGACGCGCGGCUGCAGAUCUACAAGCGCCAGCCGGGAGUGCCAUUCGGCGGCCUUCACCUGCUCCUCUGUGGGGACCUCUACCAGCUUCCUCCCCCGAAGGGCCAGCCCGCGCACGCGGCUGUCCAGCUGUGGAAGAUGUUCCUGCUCUGUGAGCUCGAGGGGAAUCACCGAGCGGCGCGGGACCCCGCUUACGCCGCUCUGCUGGAGAGAGUCCGGAAAGGCCUGCACACCGAGGCCGACCUCGCGACGCUUCGGACCAGACUGCGCAAGCCACCCGCGGACAGCCGCGCGCCGCACCUACUGGCGACCCGGAAGGCUGUCCGUCAGGUGAACGAGGAGAUGCUCGAGCGACACGCGGAGACGCACGGCUUCGAGGUGCACGCCGCGCCCGCGCAGGACACGUCGCACCGCACGGGGCUCCCGAUGGAGGUCGACACGGGCUACGACAAUCCCGAGGUCAUGCUCCGUCGGAAUUUAGACAUCAGCGACGGCCUCGUCAACGGCGCCCGCGGCAUGGUGACGGACAUCAAGCUCGCGCGGGACUCUGGCGAGGUGCCGAAGGUGCGCGUGGAGUUCGAGCGCGGCGGGCAGGCGUCCCGCGAGGAGGAAGGCGACGCAGAUCUUCCGGGCGUGCUCAUCAGCCCCGUGCAGGGCGCUUUCCAGAACGAGGACGGCGAGCGAAUCCUUCGCCGGCAGCUCCCCCUGGUGCUCUGCUGGGGCCUCACGAUCCACAAGGCGCAGGGCGGCACGGAGACGAAGGGCAUCGCCUUGAGCCUCGACGAGACAGUUCGCCAGCAGUGCCAAGCUUACGUGGGCCUGUCGCGGGCCGAGUGCCUGGCCGACCUGUACCUCACCGCGUUCGACGAGCGCGCCAUCAUCCCCGCGGUUGGCGUCGACCACGCGCUGCUGCAGCUCCGCCUGCAGCAGGGCUACGAGGCGGAGCGGGGCAACGGGCCGAACAAGCACUGGAGAGCGUGCUUCGCGCCAGCGCAGACGGCGCAGGAGCUCGAGGAGGCGAUCGCGAGCGCGCCACCAGGGGCGUUCGCCGAGCGGCAGGCGGAGUUGCUGGAGGCGCGUGCCGCAGAGGAGCGCGGGGACAAGGGCGCGUUCACGUGCGAGUACUGCGGCGAGGGAUGCGGGACGAAGCGCGCGCUCGCCACCCACAACAG